AUGUCGUCCGAAAUGGAUUAUAUUGAAUCAUUACUAUCCGCACAAACAUAUUUGUUUAAAUUUUGUGGUGCAUUUUUGAUCUGUAUUGGUAGUAUCGGUUGCAUACUGAGUCUGAUUAUUUUCUCGAAGAAGAAUCUUCGUAAAAAUCCAUGUUCAGUCUAUUUCAUUGCAUACAACAUUGCUAGUCUUUUUCAAAUAUGUAUACUUCUUCCAAAUGGAAUGCUAGCAUAUGGCUAUAGUAUUAGUACAUUAACAUGGAGUAACAGUUUCUGUCGCUUUAUUUAUUAUAGUGGAUAUGUUGUUGAUAUUCUCAAUUCAUUUUAUUUGAUUUUGGCUUCAAUUGAUCGAAUGUUGUUCACUUCACGAAAUGCACGCAUUCGUCGACUUAGUAAUCAUCGUGUUGCAUAUACGUGUAUCAUUGUUGGUACAAUAUGCAGUAUGUUAUUUCACAGUCAUGCAUUGAUUUUCAUCAAGAUUAUCGAAAUUAUUCCAAACUAUUAUGUCUGUUAUUCCAAUUCUGACGGAUAUUUAGCAUUUACAAACUAUUAUCUAUUAAUAAAAGUCAUCCUCAUACCUACAGUUAUGAUUAUCUGUGAAAUAUAUACUAUCAAGAACAUUCAAUCUUCACAUCGUGCAAGAGUUAUUCCUAUGUCAGCUACAGUCGGUAAUGUUGUGAAUCCUGGCCGUUCUAAAGAUCGUCAAUUAAUCAAAAUAUUACUUGUCAAUAUUACUGUUUACAUUGUUUUCAAUUUGAUGUCAGCAAUUGUUUAUCCCUAUGAGCAAAUCGUUCAACAUCAAACUGAAAGCUUAGCACAAAGCCAGCUGAAUUCAUUUUUAAUGGUUGUCAGCAGUUUUGUCUAUUAUAUUCCAAUAGCCAUUAAUUGUUACAUUAAUUUAAUGGUAGCAAAAACAUUUCGAAACGAAAUGAGAAAUGUACUUUUGUGCAAAUAA